AUGGCACCACUCAAAUUCAUCCUAGCGAACAGGAAUGUCACAGAAGCAAAAACUACCUUGUCUAGACUGUUUUCUGAGCUGUGCCGUAAAAUCAACAUACCCAUCCACGCAGUAGUCCGCUUUGCCAUCUACGUCUGGGAUAAGCUGAAAGCCUCUGCGCAAUGGAUCACUAAUAUCCCGCAUCGGGUUAUCAACUUUGUUGCACGGAUCGGGCAGGCUAUUGGCAGAGCAGCUGUUUUUGCCGUCAAAGUCGUCCUUAGCUUGACCGUUAGUGUCGUACUACUUGGACUUAUUAUUCAGGGCGGCUGUAUUAUGUGGCCAGUGUACAAAGAAUGGAGACGAAAGGUCAAGGCACAGCGGGCGUACGAAGAGCAAGAAAGGGUGUAUCUCCUUAAGGAUGCGGAGCGGAGACGUCAGGCGCAACGACAAUUUGAGCGGGCUCGAAAGGAGGAGGAAGAGAGACUAGAGCGAGCUCGAAAGGAAGAGGAAGAUAGACUGGAGAAAUUGCAGAGAGAGCGGGAGGCAAGAGAGCGGAAGGUGGAAGAAGACAAAAAACGCCAGCAAGCUGCAAUGGCAUUGCAACGAGAGGAAGACGCCAGGAAAUUUCGAACAUGGAGAACAGAUUGCAACAAAGUCUUUCAGCUCUACGGAACAUCAUUCACCCCUUUCCCCGAGCCACCCCACUGGCCCUGUAACAAGGACGGAUGCACUUCACGGCAUCGGUAUCUUGAAGCUUGCGAGCAUAGUCUACACAGGCUGUUCGAAGCAACUGGAGACCUGCAGACGACACUAGAGGCUGAAAGAUGGAGAUGGCAUCCUAACGGCUUUACGGGAGCGAAGUUUCACCUUUYAAAGAACAAUUCGCACGAAGUUGAGUUUGCGAACAAAGCCGUGGAAUUGAGCCAAGUUUUAAAGAAAUUGAUCGAUGCUGAAAAAGAUAAGUGA